CGCAUCAUGUCACUACCGAGGCUUUCAUGCUUAUUGGCUCGCGCUGUGGCGGCUGCAUGUGAAACGUGUGUAGCCUACGUAGAGCAAGCUGACUGAGCGAUGGGCCCGUUUGAGCUAAAGGACGGGAAGUUAUGCUAAAAUUGCUUCAAAACCAAGAUUGUCCGAAUGGGUAGUAGGUAGUAAACCUUCUCAAAAAAAAAAAAAAAAAAGAAAAAAAAACCUUUCCGCAAUGGCUUUGCGCGAGAUCCUUACGUUAUUGUUGUUCUCCGGGCUGAUCGUUAUUCAGCCUUUGCCAAUAUUAGCAUGGGACGCAGACCUGGAGCUUUUCGACCUAGUGGAGGAAAUCCCCCAAACCUUCUAUGAGUUCCUGUCGGUUAAUCAGGAUGCAUCCUCAUCUGAGAUCAGGAAGGCAUAUAGAAAGCUCUCUCUUACAUUACACCCUGAUAAAAACAAAGAUGAAAAUGCUGAAAACCAGUUUCGACAGUUAGUUGCCAUCUACGAAGUCCUCAAGGAUGAGGAAAGAAGACAAAGAUAUGAUGACAUCCUGGUUAAUGGGCUGCCGGACUGGAGGCAGCCUGUCUUCUACUAUCGACGUGUUAGGAAGAUGAGUAAUGGAGAGUUGGGCUUCCUCCUCUUCCUCAUUCUGACAGUGGGUCACUAUGCAGUUAUAUGGUCCAUAUACCUUGAGAAGCAGUUGGAUGAACUUCUGAGCAGGAAGAAGAGGGAGAAGAAAAAGAAGCAAAGCAGUAAGAUAACAGAUGAGAUUAAGUCCUUGGCACAGGACAAAAAUGAGAGAUCUGACCGGCCACACUGGCAUGACAUUUUGCCUUUCAAAUUAAGCAUCUGGUUGUACUAUUCAGUGAAGUCUCUCCCUCAUAUCAUACAGGAUGUGAAGCAGUAUUAUAAAGAUUAUAAGGAAAUGAAAGUAAAAGAAAAGGAGGAGGCAGAGGCUCUGGCAGAACAGGAAAUGCAGCAGAAAGAAAAACGGCCCAAGGUGAAGAAACCUAAAGUGGAGUUUCCAGUCUAUGAACCCAGUACAAAUGCUGCUUUUGUGCCAAUUUAUGAUCAGGGAACAUCUAUUGAAGAUAUUGAGGAUCAGAUGGAUGACUGGUUAGAAGAUAAAAAACAGCAGAAAAAGAAAGCUCAAGAGUGGACGGAGGAGGAUCUCAGCCAGCUCUCCCGCUGCAUGGCCAAGUUUCCUGGUGGAACCCCAGGCCGGUGGGAGAAGAUUGCUCAUGAGUUAGGCAGAUCAGUGACCGAGGUGACAGCAAAGGUGAAGCAAGUCAAAGACUGUGUCACCAAUACAUCAGGGUUGGUGAAGCUUUCUGAGCUGAAGGGUGGUGCGGUGAUGGGAAAGAGUUUCAGAGCCGUCACAGUGCCGGACAGUCUGAUGACCCAGCGAGAGGAGCCCUUGGAGCAGCAGCUGGAGGAUUCAGCAGAGCCAGCUGGGGCAGAGGACUCUGAGAGCAAAGCGCUCAGAAGACGGACAAAAAAGUCUGCAGUCGGGAGCGCUGGAGCCGGAGCAGUGGAGGAGAGAGUGAAAGGACACAGACAAAGAGACUUCGACCCCACAGCUGUAGAUGAUGACAGUGAAGAUGAGAAGAAACCAUCAGCCUCCAGAGAAAAACCCAGUGCUGCUGAAGAUGUCUGGACACAGAACCAGCAGAAGCUCUUGGAGCUGGCCUUACAGCAAUACCCACGGGGCACCACUGAACGCUGGGACAAGAUUGCUAAGGUGGUGCCUGGGAAAACCAAGGAAGAGUGCAUGUCCCGUUACAAACUGUUGGCGGAGCUGAUUCAGAAACGGAAGCAGGCCAAGAGCUGACUCCUGGUCUUCAGUAUUCACCGUACCUCUCACCUGCUUGUUAUGUGCCUUAAUGCAACCCUUCGUCCUGUUGUCAGACUAUGUGCCAUGUUCCGUCUGAAUCGUCAGCAUUAAUCAUUGGAGAGAUCCAAACUGCACAUUUAAAGAAGGUUUUAGUUAUUUUAAAAUCUGUUUCAGAUUGUAGACUUAUUUUUUGUUUCUCUAUGCAACCAGACAGUUUGAGGAGCAGAAGAGAUACAUUUAAAAUUUUUCCCCCCAGUUUUGAAACAUUGUUUUUCAGAAGCACAGUGUGUUGUACAAUAUGUAAUGAGUCCUAGUCUCUCUUGUGGUCAUUACUGUGCUUCAGCACAUUUUAAAGAGCAUGACACUGUUAUCCUCAUAUGUUGCCAUUCUGUAGAGUUGGAUUAAACCAAGAGAUUUUUUCAGUCA